UUUUUAUUUUUUAAUAUCCCUAUCGAUCUAAUCCUUUGAUCAGGGUCCUUGAUUUGUAAAACAAUACUUAUCCUCCUCAGAUUUAAUCCUUUUGAAAAAUAGUAUAAAUAGUCCAGCUUCUAACAAAGUUAUCAGUAUAAAAUAAAAUGAUCUCACGAGUGUUCUUCUUACUAGGAGGAGUUCUUCUACUAGGAGCCGAUUGUCAAGAAGAUUUUAAAGAUCCUAGAACUAUAGAACCAUGGACAUUGGUUUAUACUGUACAGCCUUACUAUCAAUCUGAAGCUCUGGUCAAUUUUUGGAAAUCUGAGAAAAAUGUUAAAAUACCUGGUGAAUUUUUUACAUGGCCUUCAAUGAGUAACCAAGUUCUAGAUAAACCUAGUGUCAAUGAUACUGUCACUAGUAAUCAAAUAAAUUCAAAUCAACAUCAGCACGAUUCAACGCCUCAGCAUCCUGAAAAAAAAGUUAUGUCUGAAAUUACUUACUGGCCUCCGAGAAAAUCUAAUGAUCAACGUCCUCCAUUUGUCAUCCCUCGUUAUUUUGACUCCGUUUGAAAAUCUAUUACGGACAUGAUUGAGGAGUCACUAGCCUGGACUAGUGGUCGCACAUUGAACACACGUGACUUUAAAAUUUCUCAUGAAAGUUCUUAAUAAAUAUUCAUAUAAAUUUUAGUGACCAAAAAAAUGUAGUUUUAUGAUUUGUAAACUUUUACAAAUUAAAAUAAAUAUAAUAUGCAAGAUAUAUUAUUAUUUUUAUUUUCAAACAAACAUUCCUUAGUAUUUAAAGGUUAAACAUAUACCAAAUACAUAUAAAUAUUAUUGAGCAUAACAAUCACCAAAAAAAGUUUUAUUUCAUAAGACAGUUGUUUACAUAAAAUUAUUUUAUGACAACUAUUAUAGAAUAUUAAAUCUAAAAUGUCAACGAUAACAAGGACACUGAAAAAAGCAAUCAAACCGGUUCACUUAUCAAGAUUGAAUUUCUUCACAUCAGCUUUUAGAUUAGAAGGGUCUGAAAGACUACAGAGUAAACCAGAAAUUGACAAACGAAAGGCGUUUAGUGAAGAAGAGGAGUUAUUGAUAGUUAAAACUAUCAACAGUUGCUCAGAAACAGAUUUCGAGAGGUAUGAUAUAAAAAAAGCCCAGUUAAAGAAGCUUAUAGAUUACAAAGAGAGGAAUGGAAAAUUUGAGACCUUCAGUGAUGUUCUUGUCACCCAAGAUGUGCCUUCGUUGAUAAAACUUUGUAAGUCUAUAUUGAGUGGAAGAAAACCAAAAAUUACUAUCAAAACUAAACCCGUAAGAGCCACAACUGUGCCUGCAGUUGAUAGUGCUACAAAAGAGAGUAUAAAAUCUGUGGUCGGCUUACACAUUUGGAGCAAUACGAUAAGCUGGGCGCUGCUCCAAAAGAAUAAUUUGACUCAGUGGGAACAACGGAACAUUGAAAAUCCAUCAAAAUCAAAUUUAGUUUCUUUAAUUAAUACAGUUAGUAGUAUAACCGAGCGAAUACCUGACGCAGAUGCUUAUGUUAUGGAAGCUGAUCCUUAUACAUCUAUGAGUAAAUUAAAAAGUGCUGCUUAUGUAUUUUAUGUACAACGACAACAAGUUAUUUCUACUAUUAUCAGCAUCCUGGGUAUGCGUCGACGAUUAAGCAAUAAUUAUAAUAGCAGUAGUACCGAGGACCAAAAAAUUAAUAAUUUUUUCAUGAUGGCUUCGCGGUCUUCGGCCAAACGAUUUAAUUUGACUGUUGGCAAUGAAAUAAUGCCCCCAGAAUCUAUUAUUAAAAAUGUUUUAGAAGGUAACUUACAUCACAAAAUAUCCCAUUUUCCAAAAAUUGCAGUUGACGCUGACGUGAUUUCCAACUAUAAGUCAUCCCACGGUAUAGAUCGUGAUCAGCUUCAUUCGGCCUUGCUAAUUGCUCUGGCUUUUGUUGACGUUGUUCAUCAAGAUGAUACUGUGGCUAAAUAAAAAACAGGAGAAUCUAGUAAUUGUUAAAAAUGAAGGUUUAUAAAAAUUUAAAUAAUAUAAAAAAAUUACAGGUAGUUGGAAUUAAUAAAUGACAAAGAAAACUAUCAUAUUAUUAUUAUUGCGACGUUUUGACUCUUUAUUAAGCCUUCAUCAGACUCUGACUACUUUCAUGUACUAGUUAUGGUAAGAUUUUAUAGUUGGUUAUAAUAAUUGUAAUAGAGCGCAAUAGAAUUAAAAUUGUAUUUAUGAAAUUAUGUAUGUAUUUUUCAGAGCUUGAUGAAGACUCAAUAAAGAGUCGAAAAGUCGCAAUAAUAACAAUAAUUAAUUAACAAUAAUCCAACUACCUAUGAUUUUUUUGUAUUAUUUUAUGAUUUUGGAUACGAUAGAAAAUGGAAAUGUAAAUAAUAUUUUUAAAUACAUAAAUAAUUGUAAGGUAAUUAAAUGACUAUCAAUAAUCCAGGUCCAUUCAUUUAUUUAUUUAUUUUUUAUAUAUUAACUUUGAUUACACUAUCUAUUUAUUUUAUUGUUAGAUAUUUAUUAUUGUUAUUAAACUUCUCAAAUAAGUCUCUUGCUUCAGAUAAAUUCCAGUGCGCAGUACAGAUGCAUAAGGUAUAUUUAGUACAUAUAUGUUAUGAUCAAUAAAUAUAUAUGAAUUGACAGUGAUAAAAGUUUGUAGAAGCUUGAGCAUAAAGACUUAUUCGAAUAGUCAGAUAUCUAUUAGCUUCGAUAAUUGGCAAUUAUAUCUUUUAUCUUUUUUAUUUUUAUUAUUAUUCUUAUUGUUAUUAUUAUUAUUAUUUUUGUUUUUACUUCAUAAAUAGUUGAGUAAAAUAACGAUCAACUUAAGGACUAGAACAACUUAUAAUCUAUGAAGUAACAAUACUUCCGACGCGAAUGCUGCUUAUUAUUUAAUCUGAUAGACUUGAGAUAUUUUUAUAAUUUUUAAUAAACAAAAUUAGCAACCCGUGAUAUAAUUUUUUUGGUAAUUUAUUAUUAUUAUUACUAUUAUUUUGUUGGACUGUUAAAUAUUGAGUGAUAUGAUUAUUUAAUAUUUUAUUAUCCGACACGACCAGGCCAGCUGCACUCGUGCGUUAGUCAUUAUAUCACGACUUGCUAGAUCAGCAUUCGGAGUCGGCAAUGAUAUUUUUAUUAUCUUUUUUUUUUUGUUCAAGUUGACAUUAAUUUUAUAAUUUAUAAUGGAAAAAAAUUUAUACCUCGCCGUCAGAUAAAUUUCUUAAUAGAUUUGCUCUCUUAUCUCACAAUAGAAGUAAAUUUAAUAAAUUUUUUUUUCAUUUUCAUAUACACUAACUUUGAUCUUCUACUUAUGAUUUAGAUAGUACAUUAAUAUAACUGAUUAUUCAAUAAUAAUAAUUAUAAUAAUUAUCUGUCAAUAAAGCGCUACUUGUGUGCGUAAACAUUUAAAUAAAUAUAAAAUUUAAUGACGUGUGUGCUAAGCAACGUAACGUCUUAAAUAAUGUACACUUGACGUAAUGGACACGUGCUCAAUUUAAUGGACGAAGACAUACAGUAAACAUCAACCCUUCUUAUUGAAAUGAAGGGUUUAGUUAUAUAAUUUAUAAAUUUUUAUUUAUUUUCUAAUUUAUCGAUUAUGAUCUUAAACUUUUUUUCUUUCAAGGAGAUUCAUACACAAUGUAAAUUAAAUAAAUCCAUCUAAUUAUUUAUUUUUAUGUUAAGCCAUUACGACCUUCUCAAGCAAGCUCAUUUAUCGAUAAAAGAAUCAUAAAUAAUAAUCUUUACAAGACAAUCAUAGAGAAGAUAUUGUUCAAUAUUGCUUUUGCCGUAAAUUCCUUAACUUGUUUUUUCAUUUUUUAUCAUAAACGCGAUACACACAACCUUCUUUGCAAUUGUUUUGUGUCACAAACGUUAUGAAUAACAUAAAAAUCAUUCUAUAUAUAAUAUGAGAAAUCUUUUGUUCGACAUAUUCAUAUAUCUAUAAUCGUAAUAAUAAUAAUAAUGACAAUAAUAAAUUGACUAAUAUAAUAUAAAUAAUAAAACGUUUAACGUGACUUUUAUACUAAUGUGCCUCGAAGGAAGCUCUUAUGUUAUUAUUUUCCAUCUUUGGAAAAUAUUUAUUACAAUGACACACAUACAUGACUUAAUAACUUACGUAAUUUUAAUAUUUCCUUUAUCUCUUCUUAUUAACUCACUUACAUAUAUUUAUAAUUUUUCAAUAUAAUGUAAUAUUAACCCAGACAAUUAUUUUAUAUAUCAUUGCACAUAUAAAUAACAUUCUUAUAAAUUCUUUCACGAUCAUUAAAAACAAAUGAGAUUAUUUGAAAUAUUUAAAUUAUA